AUGACAAGAUAUUUUAAUGUUGAUAUUGAUAAUAUAAUCACUGAUUAUGAAUUAGCCUACAAAAAUGCAAUGGAAAAUUUUAUCGAUGAAAUAAAACGAAACAAUGAUGAUAUACUGAAGAUAUACACACAAAACAUGGACGAAUAUAGCAAGAAAUUAAAAAAUCUCUCAGAUGUCAAUAAUAAAAUUGACAAGAGCCGUAAUACACUUCAGCAUAUAGCCGAUAAAGUCAAAUGUGAACAGCAGAUAUUGCAGACAGAAAACGAUCGUUUGGAAUCUAUUAAUGAUGAAUGUAAUAGUUUAAAAGAUACAGAAAUUGAGUUGAAUGAUGUAAUAAAUAAAACCAAAAUACAACUAAACCAAGUGUAUAAAGAAAAAAAAUCAAGUAUAAAAAAACUCAAAAGAGAAAUAAAUUCAUUCAGAAUUGGAGUGAACAUGUAUGAACGAUUUUUACAAUUGAGUAUGAAUAUUGAAAGUAAUGAAAAAAAUGCUGUAAUCUAUAUUAUUAUGAAAAAUUUAAAAAUUCACUCUGAUUACAAAAUUGUUUUUGAAGAAAAUGAUAACAAUUUUAAACUUAUUGACAUAACUCCAUGUAGCCAGGCAGUUCUGAAAGCAGCAACGUUGUAUAAUAAAAACAAAGAUAUUCAAGGCCUGUUAGCUUUCUUAUACUAUACAAAAGAAUAACCAAUAUAUAAAAUAUUAUUAAAGUAAUAACACUAUAUAUCAUAGGGUAUUUAUUUUAUAUAUUAUGUUUUCACUGUUGUUCUCAAACUAUGUACUACACUGUAAUUUAUACGUUUUACUGUUUUGUAUUUAACUAACUUGUAUGUAUAAAUAUUAACAUUUUUAGAAUUUUAUACCGAGCUAAUUUUUUUAUAAUUUUAAAAUAUAUAGCCCAUAUGGGUAAACUUAACCUUA